UAUACUAAUUAGACCACCUCGUGUACUUUACAACAAAAUGCUAUAUAAUCACAUCACUUUAUCACUUUAUUGAUAUCAAACAAAUAAUAUACAGUGAACGCGACUAAACACUGCAGUAAUUAUUGUCUCGCUAUAGAGUGUCUUUCAUAAUGUGAAGUCAAACAUUGCUAGUGGCAGUCGCUUGUGCUUCACACAGCCAAUAGUAAACAAUGAUAUAAUCGAACAAGUCAGUGCAUAAUAAUUCAGUGUAACCCUCAAAAUGGAAAAUAAAGAGAAAAUGGAGAAUAAGGAAGAAAAACCCCUUAAUACAGAAGAAGAGAAAUUGUACAAACACAAAAGUUUUAGUGAAAAAUUAUUACAUAUUAAGAACAAUAUAACAGUUGAACCAUUACUAGCUGGACUUAUUAUACCAAGUGUAAUAUCUAUGUUUGCUAUGACAAAUUUGAAUUUGGAUAAAGCUUGUAGAGUCAAUUUGAACUUCAGUGACGAGGUUUGCGAUGCUUUGAUAAAGAGAAGUAGCAAUAACUAUUCGCAUUACGAAAAGGAAGUACAGAAACUGAUUUCUUCUAUAGAUAUAUGGAGAGGCGUUAUUCGAACGGCAUUACCAUGCAUCAUAAUAAUGUUCCUAGGAUCUUGGAGCGAUAGAACUGGGAAGCGCAAGAUAUGCAUUCUUCUGCCAAUUUUUGGUGAAGUAUUAACAUCUGUGAAUAACAUCAUCAAUGUAUAUUACUUCUACGAAAUUCCUGUUCAAAUCACGAUAUUGUUAGAAACCAUAUUUGUAGCUGGAACGGGAGGAUGGGUGACGAUGUUCCUUGGAGUCUUUAGCUACAUUAGCGACAUUACUUCCGAGGAAACGAGAACCUUCAGAGUUGGCCUGGUAAACUUUUGCAUGACGGUUGGAGUUCCUAUUGGAAUUGGUGCAAGUGGAUUUUUGCUACAGAGGAUGGGAUACUAUGGAAUUUUUUCUAUGACGACUACACUAUUCACUCUCGUGUUAUUGUACGGAUGCUUUUGCUUGAAAGAGCCUGAUGAUCUACUAAGAGAAAAAGGCCUCCCUGUUAUUGAACGAAACAAAGACGAGAAAGUAUCCUUCUUCAAUAUCACCCACGUUCGAGACACAGUCAGUGUCGCGCACCGGCCGAGAGAAAACAACAGAAGAGUCAAAGUCUUACUUACUUUGUUCACUGUCUUCAUCCUGUAUGGCCCCACUAUGUCAGAACACGGUAUCUUCUACUUGUUCGUGCGAAAUCGUCUCAACUGGGACAUGGUGAAGUUCGGUCUCUUCACCAGUUAUUCAAUUAUUUUACACUCCUUUGGUGCAAUGUUCUCAAUAACAGUUUUGAGCAAGCGACUGCAGAUUGACGACUCCCUUCUCUGUCUGAUCUCAGUAGCGAGCAAGUUCGUCGGCUCCAUCUGGACCGCCUUUGUUACCACAGAUAUAGAGAUGUAUUUAGUGCCAGUGGCUGAGAUACUGAAUGCAACGACGUUCACGUCACUGCGAUCAAUUAUUUCGAAAUUGGUGGAGAAGCAGGAAACUGCAAAAGUAAAUUCCCUGUUCUCCCUAACCGAGACACUGGCGGCACUUCUCUUCCAUCCGUUUUACUCUUGGUUGUACAUGAAGACGCUGCAGGUUCUGCCUGGUGCGGUGUUCCUGGUCAGUGCUGCCUUAAUCAUUCCAGCUGCCAUAAUUCUCACGUCAUUCUACGUACAGCACAAACAGGAACAAAGAAAAGCAAGAAAGACGGCUUUAGAAGCAGAAGAGAAGAAAGACAUUGAAAAGAAACCCGAAGGUCUAGAUCAGGGGCUAAAUAAAUUUUACUAUCCAAUAAAUAUUUUAGAAGUAGACAAUAUUGACCUUGCUGUCGUAGAGAAAAAAGACAGUGAUUGCAAGACGAGACUAUAAAGUCUAGAUAUUAUAAUAAUGGUCAAACAUUUAUACAAAGUAAAAGUCGAUAUGUUACUAUCUUAAAUGAUGACUGGUGUUAAUUUUAACAUUAACAUUUUGUGUUGUUUGCAAGUUAGUUGCCUAAAACGUCUAACUUUCAUUCUUUAGAUUGUGGCAGAUGUUUUGAUGAUAUGAUUAAAGCUAAACUUUAGAAUUAGACACAGUUAAAUGACGUCAGAGGUGAAAAACAUCAACAGUUUUAAAUCUAGAGAUUUUUCCAAAAAUAAAUGUCGACUUCCCCUAAAAAUUUCCGAAGGAAACGAAAUUUUUUUUAUUAUUUGGUUGAGGGAUUCGUAAUAUAAAACUUGAAGUUUAAGGAAACGUAAAUAAACAAUGUGUGGUCCUUCGCCUAUUUAUGACCUUAUGACCUCCGUACCAUUGUUUUGAGCUUUGAUAUUGUGUCUAGAUCGUCUUUGUCGAACUUGGAUUUUGAGACAAAGAUAAUAUCGAUAAUUUUUGUUUGACACGCGAAAAAUUAGCGUUAUUAAAUUAGUGUUGAAUUAUAUAUUAUUCAGUAGCAACAUUUACCUUGCGUUGGGUAAGCAUUGCUACUGAAUUGAAACCAUGAUUUUACUUUUGAAAAAAGGCGACGUCUGUCGCGACAGAGGAAUUAGUUACAUGCGUUUCACCGGUAGCGCAGUUCGAGCUACUGACUUGCAUCGGACCGUGUCGGGUCCGAGGCGUCACAGUGCUGUAUCGUUUCCACCAUGUGCCGACCGGGUCUGUCAUUUAUUGAUUCAUGUUACACCGUGCCGUGUCAUUUCCACCGUGCGCCGACCAGGCACAGCAAAGCACAAGGUACAUGCGCACACAUUGUAAUAAUUUUUCGGCAUCCAUUUUGCGCUUGCGCUGUCCACUACACUAUAGGCCAACGUUGAAUAGCUUCUAGGUGUCCGGCGAAUGCAUUCAUAUUACGACGUGUCUCUAUCGGGGUUGGGACCGGGAACAAAUACUCGUCGCUAUGCCCCGACCGUGGCUCGGCCGUAUCACGGACUCGGCCCGGUUUAAAAUGAAAUUCUUACAAAAGCAUAUACACGGCCAGCGCACGCCCGGAGCACGGCCCGGUGUAACAUGAUUCAGCCUUUACUUAUUAGAAUGAUGUUCACAGCAAAACGGUAUACAGCUUAAUUUAAUAAGUUUAUUUUUUUUUAUCUAUGUAUAUAUAUAUAUAAAUACGUAUAACGUAGUUUUUUAAGUAAAACUUAGUGCAUCGCCUACAAUCUGCAUCCUAGCAUAUAAGAAUUUAGCUAUUUUUGACCAUCGGAGAAAAAACUAAAUUCUUUACUAAAUAAAACUUGUUAUAGUAAUUCAAAGUUUAUAAACAUGCAUAACGUCGCCUUAGAGUGAAAACUUCGUAUUCGCGUUUUCCUGAAUUUUCUUGAAGAAGAACUUAAAACUUUCGUCCUCAAAUAUAUUAUUAAAGUAAUAUAAUAUCUGAAAGAGGUAUAAAUUUAACUAAUUAAAAUGAUAACUACAAACAGUGUUGCGUUAACUACAUUUACACCACAUUUUUAUCUCCAUCUUGAAUAAUUACGUAGAAAUUACAUACGAGGUAUUUAUUCACUCUACGACUAUCUAUGUUUAUUAAAAAAAUAUGUACAAAACAACCCAAACGUUCGUAAUCUCCUUUGUAACAUAAACUUAGAUAUAGUUUAGCUAGUUUGAUAUAAAAAUAAAACAU